UAGAAAGAUUCCACUCUCGUCCGGACUCAAGGUUAAACAUCCCCCCCUUCAGUCAUUCCGUUUCGUCCCCCGGUGAAGAAUCAAAGCCCCAGCUCUUCCUUUGCGCUUCGUGAACUCCUUCCGUGUCGGCGAUGCUCCCAUUCAGCUGGUUGAUGCCCAAUAGUAACAGCCCCAAUAUAUUCGUAGUCGAUGAUAUUCGCGACGAGUCCUGAUGUUGUGCAUCCGUCGCCCUGACAACCUCAAGCCUCCUUGGAAGUUAGUGUUCGUGUCAGAGUGUUUGCUGGGGAGUGACAGGGCCAUUCCGCAGUCGUGCCCCGUCUACAAUUGAUCUCUCUCACCGAGGUGUGCUGAGCGCUAGAAAACGACUGUCUCGCAGACAAACCAUCCCCCCUUGCGUCCCUAUUUCCAUCGACUGUAUUACGGUUGUGAUGAUUGGUUUCUGUAGAGUCCGUCUGUGGUUGUGCCGUGGACACUUUGGAUUCAGAUCAGGAAAGUGGUGUUUUUUGAGCGAUCGCGACGAAUUCGGAUUUCGUCUUGGUGUAGUUCAGAGAAGGUUAGUGCGAUGAGGUCCGAGUGAUAUUCUAGAGUGCUCAAAAAUUCAUCUUGCGAGGUUGUAGACAAAGGAGCAGAGCGUGUACCACGGGAGAGUAUAUGGACAGGAGAGGGUGGUGCAAAGGGAUUUCGCACUGGUGGCCGCGAUUGAGGUUGGUGGUGGUGAAUGAUGGUGGAGUGUCGAUUGUAGGGUCUGCGCGCUUUGGAUUAAGAACACACCUUGUAUGCAAUGACUAGCUCUUAACGAGAAGCCGAUCGUCCAUGGCCGGUAACCAUGGAGUCUGCAUCUCACAAGUUUAUGCAGAUUCUGCGUGAGUCCGAGAAAUUUUUCCUGCGGACGGGACGAGUCAUUAGAUCUUGCGAGAUUUACGUGAAUUGAUGAGCCAUGAGGAGAGACCGUACAGGAUGAGCGUGAGCUUGCAAAUGGAUUGGUCUGUGUACUGGGCAGGAGUUGGUGAAGGAUUACACAGCUGCACAAGAACCUUGUUGGUGAUUGAUCGCUUGGUUUCUUCAACCAUAGACUACCAUCGCUCCAGCUACUUUCGGAUACCCCAACGACAACACACAAGUGUAUCGUUUCUGCGUGAAUACUUGGAGAAUCGGUCAUCGUAGUUGCCAAGGGGCAGGCGCAUCAACCGGGGUGAGUACUCACUGAAAUUUCAUCUCCAGAAGCGUGCUAGUGGGAGAAAGUGGUUGGGAUUUUUAUCAGGUUAUAGAGCAGGGAUCUCAUGUGCGUGGUCGCCAGCAUGGCACCCAUCUCAAGCGCCUCUGCGUCUCAUGUGCCAGCAUCGCAAAGUUGCGUAGCAGGUGCUAGCGAGGAGUGCGUCGCACCCCUUGCGCGCUUUGUCUCACGACAGGAAGAUGGCACAAGUUUAAGUCUCAACCGGGCGCAAAGCAUAUCUGAGGUAUUUGGCGGCAGCCAGGUGAUUUCGCCAAAGGCCUCAUCAGGGCAGAGCUUCUUUGUGGCACCGCAAGGAUUCCAUGAGGACUACGACCUCCAGUACGUGGUGAACGUUGCAAUGGCGUCGCAUGAACAUGGCAGCCGGCAGCAGGUUCCGAUUCUAGCCGACUCCGCUUCGGAACUGAAGUCACCGGAGUGGUCUCAUAGGAACGAACAUAACAAUUCGCAGUUCCGAGAGCCUAACUGCGCUCCGCCAUGGCAAGGCGCACCUUCGGCCAUUGAGACGUCAAAUGUACUAGCGCCUGGUAGUCCUCCCAGUUUAGCCUUGACUCAUUCUCAAGGAGAAACGCUCAGUCUCCCCCUCCAAGCUGAAACCAACCCCCUCUGGAAUUGCCCCUACACCCAGUUUGCCAAGCCCGCAUCCGAAUCAGCUUUACGCAAACCCUCUCCAAUGAUGCCAGUUGCAGUAUCAGACUUUGUCAGUUCACAAGAAGCCACUGCCAAAGUUCCCGCGGCGACUACAAACACGCGCCUUGAUUCAUUUCAGGUGUUACUAGCUGAAGCUUCUAGCUCCCAGCAACCCGACGGCAGUAACUUGUCACAGCCAGUCAAGAGUCCAAUUCUAAAGUCUGAAUGGGAAACCUCCGGCUGGCCUCAUCUCAUCCAUCGGAGGGAGAUGGCUAAUCCUCCUGACAUGCUCCAGGAGCCCAGUAUCGCUCCUCAGACGGUGGCCUCCUCCCCUCUGCUAUCUACCCAACACCCGCAGGCCGAACAGUCACAGCGAUCAACUGUAGCAACAUCAGGAGGGAGUCCAGGGCCCUCUAUCGAAGCUACACCAAUGUUCUCAGCUGCUGAGGUUGCCAAGGCUCGCUUACGGUGGACUCCUGCACUACACGAAAAGUUUGUCGCGGCUGUUGCCAAGCUCGGUGGUCCUGAUCGAGCAACGCCUAAGUCAGUGCUGCGUUUGAUGGGAUGCAACGACAUUACGAUCUAUCAUGUCAAGAGUCAUCUGCAGAAGUACCGGCUUAUCCCUGAGACGUCCACUGCAGAAUCCAAGUGUGAGCGGAAGCGCCACAAUCACUGCCAAGGAGGUUUCGACGUAACCUCCACUACGAAGAUGUCCCAAGCACUGCAGAUGCAAAUGGAGGUACAAAAGCGUCUGCACGAACAGCUCGAGACCCAGCGGCAGCUUCAGCUGCGGAUUGAAGAGCAGGGUGCCAACCUCCAGAGAAUGAUCAUCGAGCAAGUCAUCGCAGGGCACGCUCUGGGGAUCCCUUCGGACCAAAUUACCAACGGUGAACUCCUCUCAAACGCCGUGAGUCAGGCGCUCCACCCCUCCGACUCCUCGAACCUUUUCCCGGGCAUCACUCCCUCCAAACUCUCCCAACAACCCACCUCGUGGACGCACACUGCGAGCACCAGCACAGGUCCCCCACCCAAACGCACUCGCGUCGAAGUGCCAGCACUAGUUCUCAUACCCAAAAUCGCACCAAAAGUCAAGUACACCAUGCCUGCAGAAACAUCGUGUUCGCAUGGAUCAGCUCCAUUCGCAAACAUCGACCCAUUGUCGCAGAUGGGCAACACAGCGAUCCAAGCAGCGGCAGCACCCAGAGGUGACGCUGACGCCAUGCCAGCCUCGCGGCACGUCAACCGGCCGCAAGGCUGCGUCCCGAUGCAGCACGACGGCGCGGCCGCGGCGCCCAUGCAAACUUCGGCGUGAGUACAGACGAGUCAUCGCCAAAUCCCACAGACUGGUUCCAAUAGAGCCUCCCUCAUCUGGACCUGUGUCCGUGCUGAGCUGGGCUGUGCUGGGCUGAGCUGGCGAGGCUCUGUGUGUGUGAUUUUGCGUCUAGACUUGGGAAGUGGGUGUGGGUGUGUGUGGGGUGAGUGUAUCUGAGUGCGUCUGUUCUGUCUAGUGAGGGUGGAGCUAGAGCACCGAGGCCACUGUCUCCUGUCCGGUGCUUUGCGUCUACAAAACCAGAAGAUAUUGUUGUUUUAAAUUUAUUUCCAAACUACUGCACAUUUGAGCUUCGUCUUUGA